CGUUCACCAGCGGAGACAGGAAGAGAAGGGGAAGCGUGGCAGCCGCGUGAGCUUCCGAGACAGAGAGCAGCUUCUCCGCUUCGGCUACCUUGGAAGUUGCAUGUGGAACGAGAAUGGAAUACAUGAAAGAACCUGCAACCGUCAGCCAGGGAAAUAUCCUGUGCUGCGAGUGUGGAAUCCCAAUCCCACCAAACCCAGCCAACAUGUGUGUAUCGUGUCUACGCACAAAGGUGGACAUCACUGAAGGAAUCCCUAAACAAAUUACUGUUCAUUUCUGCAAACAGUGUGAAAGGUAUCUUCAGCCUCCAGGAACAUGGGUGCAGUGUGCCUUGGAAUCAAGAGAACUUCUGACCUUGUGCCUUAAAAAGAUUAAAGCUUCACUUAGUAAGGUGCGAUUGAUCGAUGCAGGGUUUGUGUGGACUGAACCACACUCCAAAAGACUUAAAGUAAAAUUGACUGUACAAAAAGAGGUAAUGAAUGGUGCAAUUCUUCAGCAAGUCUUUCUAGUAGAGUAUAUUGUUCAUUCUCAGAUGUGUGGUGACUGCCAUCGAGUUGAAGCUAAGGACUUUUGGAAAGCAGUGGUUCAAGUUAGACAAAAGACUCUACAUAAAAAGACAUUCUAUUACUUGGAACAAUUGAUUUUGAAGCAUAGACUUCACCAGAACACUCUUCGUAUCAAAGAGAUUCACGAUGGUCUGGAUUUCUACUAUUCUUCAAAGCAACAUGCUCAAAAGAUGGUGGACUUUCUGCAGUCUACAGUACCUUGCAGGUCUAAAUCAUCCCAGCGUUUGAUCUCUCAUGACAUUCAUAGCAAUACAUAUAAUUACAAAAGCACCUUCUCUGUGGAAAUUGUUCCGAUAUGCAAGGACAAUGUUGUGUGCUUGUCUCCAAAACUGGCUCAGAGCCUUGGGAAUAUGAGCCAGAUUUGUGUUUGCAUCCGUGUUACGAGUGGUGUUCAUAUAAUUGAUCCUAAUACAUUGCAAAUUGCAGAAAUUGAUGGGAACACUUAUUGGCGUUAUCCUUUUAACAGCUUGUUCCAUCCAAAGCAAUUGGAGGAAUUUAUUGUCAUGGAUAUCAGCAGGGUCCAUGACAGAAAACAAGGUGCUGGCGCGGGCAUGAGAUCCACCAAACAUACGCUUGCUGAAGCUUGGGUUCAGAAGACAUCAGAGCUGAAUACAGACCAUCAGUAUUUCUGUCGCACUCACUUAGGACACCUUCUGAAUCCUGGAGAUCUAGUGAUGGGAUUUGACUUGGUCAAUUGCAAUCUGAAUGAUGAAUUUGCAAAUAAGAUGAAUCCACAUAACAUUCCUGAUGUGAUUUUGAUUAAAAAGAGCUAUGACCGCACUAAACGUCAGCGUCGCAGGAACUGGAAGCUAAAAGAAUUAGAACGAGACCGAGAAGGCAUGGAUACAGAUGAUGAAAGACAAUACCAGGAUUUCCUAGAAGAUCUGGAGGAAGAUGAGACAAUUAGAAAAAAUGUCAAUAUUUACAAAAAUUCAGGCAUUCCAGUGGAAAGCGACACAGAUGAUGAGGGCAUUCCUCGGAUCAGUCUUGCUGAAAUGUUGGAAGAUCUCCAGAUAUCUCAAGAUGCUACUGGUGGAGAGGGUGCUGAAAUGUUGACAGAAUAGUAAGGGAUAUUACGAAGGUGAAUACUUUUUCUCUUAGGAAAAAAGUCGUAACUACAAAAAUUAGUUGCGUUUCAGUCAUACACUCAACAUGCAAUAUUGAAAAAUGUUCAACAGUAAAUCCUAAUGGAAACAAUAAUAAAGGUUGGGAAAUAGAGUAAA